AUGACUCAGCCAAACAUUACCCUCUACACAGCCCAGACCCCCAAUGGGAUCAAGAUCUCCAUCGCGCUGGAGGAGCUUGGUCUGCCAUAUAAGGUUGAAAAGAUCGACAUCUCGAAGAACACUCAAAAGGAAGACUGGUUCCUAAAGAUCAACCCCAAUGGUCGCAUUCCUGCUUUGACAGAUACCUUCAGCGAUGGCCAGGAGAUCCGACUAUUUGAGUCUGGUAGCAUCCUGGAGUACCUGGCAGAACGGUACGAUACAGACUACAAGAUCUCAUUCCCCAAGGGCACACGGGAGUACUACGAGAUGAAAAACUGGCUAUUCUUCCAGAAUGCAGGUCUCGGCCCCAUGCAGGGUCAAGCCAACCACUUCUCGCGGUAUGCGCCCGAGCGCAUCGAGUACGGCGUGAACCGAUAUGUCAACGAGUCGCGUCGAUUGUAUGGCGUUUUAGAUAAGCACCUUGCUGAGUCCAAGUCUGGAUACAUUGUCGGGGACCACGUCUCCAUCGCCGAUAUCUCACACUGGGGCUGGGUGGCUGCUGCAGGAUGGGCCGGUGUCGAUAUUGAGGAGUUCCCAAAUGUCAAAGCGUGGGAAGAACUCAUGGCACAGAGACCGGGCACUGAGAAGGGUCGACAUGUUCCUUCCACCCAUACCAUCAAAGAUCUGAUCAAGGAUAAAGAGGCCAUGGAGAAAGAGGCUGCUCAAACUAGGUCUUGGGUCCAGCAGGGGAUGCGCACCGAUGCCAAAAGCAAAGCUUGA